GUCAUGAAAGACGUACCCCUAAUUUGUGUUGUUUACUUAUAUGUAAUCAGUCAUCUGAUAUUUAGUUGGGGUUAUUGUGUUUUGCUUUCACUUAGUAUUUGCGUUAUGUUAUUCGUCGGAGAAUUACAAGAUCAUUUGACAGGCCGGAUGAUAAAAUAGUUAUUUUGGUCUAUUGAGCCUGUGAACAGUUUGUCUAAACGGAUGCAGACAGUUCUGUUUGUCAAUGCUUGUGUUGUGAAUUUUGCUUUCAUUCGGUAGUAACCUAAAAAUGGAAAACGAAAAUGCCAAUGCGAAUAGUGCUUCGAUGGAUCCCAACAGUAGAAUCAAAACACUAUCGGAAUACGGAAAUGCAGUGGAAGUCGAUAAGACUAUUCAACCAAAAAUGUACUACAGAUCAGGGUUGGAAAUGGUGCGAAUGGCGAACGUGUAUCUGGAAGAAGGCUGCCUGGAAAAUGCAUAUAUUCUCUACAUGAAGUUCAUGACAUUGUUCAUUGAGAAGAUCCGCGAGCACCCGAACUUUGCCUCGGUGUCGGCAGCGGACAGAGCCAGCAACGCCCAGAAGCUGCGGGAAGUGUUGCCCAAGGCUGAGAAGCUGAAGUCUCAGCUGCUCGAGCGAUACACCAAGGAGUACCAGAAGUAUUUGGAGGAAAAGAAGAGGCGGGACGACGAGCGGGCGCUGCUCGCCCAGCGGCAGGCGGGGCGGAGGCAGGCGGAGGACGCGCCCCGCGAUGACCCGGGCCUCAAGCUGCAUCUGGCCGGCCACACGCCCCUCGUGGUGUCCCCGCCCCUGCCCACGGACAGCGUGCGCUACGACAUGCUCGACACCGACAAGCCCGCCCCGGCCCUCCCCUCCCCGAGCCUGUCUUCUGUGCCUUCGUUUGACCGGAGCAUGAAGCCCAUGAACCUGCUGACGCCCACCCUCAGGAACGUGAUAGUGCCCUCGCAGCUGAUCGAGAAGUUCAAGAACCUGGCCCAGCGCAACACGGAGAAGAACAUCGAGACGUGCGGGAUCCUGGCCGGCAAGCUGGGCCGCAACGUGCUGACCAUCACGCACCUGAUCCUGCCGAAGCAGACUGGCACGCCCGACUCGUGCAGCACCACGGACGAGGUGGAGGUGGACCGGUUCCAGCGCGACCAGGACCUCAUCACGCUCGGCUGGAUCCACACGCACCCCACGCAGACGGCCUUCCUGUCCAGCGUGGACCUGCACACGCACUACUCCUACCAGUGCCUCAUGAGCGAGGCGGUGGCCAUCGUGUGCGCGCCCAGCUACCACGAGGAUGCCACCUUCAUGCUCACUCAAGACUAUGGGCUGAACUACAUCAGGAACUGCACAUUGACUGGGUUUCAUCCGCACCCGACACAUCCGCCUCUCUACGAGGAGGCAGCGCACUGUCGCGUCGACAGCACGGCGCCCGUGAAGGUCAUCGACCUGAGAUGAUUGCCGGGCUCUCGUAAGACAGCCACGUAGUUCAGAACACGACCGCCUCACGCAACUGCCAGUGCUUGCUUGCAGAGACGCCACCGCUUCAAGUAGACGCACGACGUUCGACAUCACUGUAGAAGUCACGGUCGAUCAUCAGUAGAGCGACCUCGUUUCGCGCUUCGCUCGGGAUUAUUUUAUUUGUUUGUUUGGAAGCUUUGUGGCAUACACCAAAGACAUGGUUAUUUAUUUUUUAUUGUAUGUGAGAGUCUUUUGUGUGUGUAAGUGAUGAAUUUGCAGUCAAAACAAGUUGAUGUUAUUUUCAUAUAUUGUGUGUUAUGAAAUGUAUUGUGCAGCUUUUGUAAACCUUCAUUAGGAUAAUAGUAAAGUUUUUGACUUUUGAAUUAUUUUAUUGAGUGUGAAUUUACAUAUUGAGUUUAAAAGACUUGUUAUAAUAAUGUAAUUUUGAAAUGAAUUAAUAAUAAUUGAGUUCAGAGCGUAUCUUGGUGCAGUAAAAUUAAUUUUAUAUGUUCCCUAUUUUGUUUGUUAUUUUUCCUGUUUUUUUGAAAAGUGCAGCAAAGUUCUUUCACUAUAAAUUUGUAUUAGUAAAUAACAUUUUUGGCUCUUUUUAAAAGUAACGGUCUAAACUUUCAGAUGAUGAAGAAUGUAUGACCAUCUGUAAUAAAAAGUACAUCAGGUAAAAUAAAAUAAAAAA